GCGUUCCUGAACACAUUUCCCAGAAGCCUUUGCUGUAAAACUUGUGACGCAUUUAGCCUGCGACUUCAGCGCGUUGUUCGGUGUUUUGCGUUGGUAAAUCGUUGUAUGUUAGCUCAUUUUCUUAUUUCUUAAAGUGAGAAGAAAAGAGACGCUCUGAAAAGAUGUCUUUAGCAGACGAGCUGCUUGCCGACUUGGAGGAGGCAGGAGAAGAGGAGGACGGGCUGUACCCCGGUGGAGAAGAGGGUGAGAGUGAUGGGGAACCCGGCGAGAGACAAACUGGGGGUCUGGAGGACAUACCCGAAGAGAUGGAGGUGGAUUACAGUGGGACGGAGAGUGUCACAUCCAUAGCAAAACUAAGACACAGCAAGCCAUUUUCCGAAAUCAUGGAUAAAAUCGGUCUAUAUGUUGGAAAUCAACGAAAGAAUUCGGAAGUGUCUGGACCUGUUGAAGCAGACCCAGAAUACAGACUCAUUGUCGCCGCCAACAAUCUGACAGUGGAAAUAGACAACGAACUUAAUAUCAUUCACAAGUUUGUUCGUGACAAGUACUCCAAAAGAUUUCCUGAACUGGAGUCCCUGGUGCCAAAUGCACUAGAUUAUAUCAGAACUGUUAAGGAGCUGGGCAACAAUCUCGAGAAGUGCAAAAACAACGAGACCCUCCAGCAGAUCCUGACCAAUGCUACUAUCAUGGUGGUCAGUGUCACCGCCUCAACAACACAAGGAACUAUGCUUGGUGAUGAUGAGCUCCAGCGAUUGGAGGAAGCGUGUGACAUGGCCCUUGAGCUCAACCAAUCAAAACACAGGAUCUAUGAAUAUGUGGAAUCCAGGAUGUCAUUUAUUGCUCCAAAUCUUUCCAUUAUUGUCGGAGCUUCAACUGCUGCCAAGAUCAUGGGUGUUGCUGGUGGGCUGACUAACCUGUCCAAGAUGCCUGCAUGUAAUCUGAUGUUGCUGGGAGCUCAGCGGAGGACACUGUCUGGAUUCAGCAGCACAUCCCUGCUGCCCCACACAGGCUACAUCUACCACUGUGAUGUAGUGCAGUCUCUGCCUCCAGAUCUGAGGAGAAAAGCAGCUCGUCUGGUUGCAGCUAAAUGCACUCUGGCUUCUCGUGUGGACAGUUUUCAUGAGAGUGCUGAUGGCAAGGUAGGCUAUGAUCUGAAGGAAGAGAUUGAGCGAAAGUUUGAUAAAUGGCAGGAGCCCCCACCAGUCAAGCAGGUGAAGCCUCUUCCAGCUCCCCUGGAUGGACAGAGGAAGAAGAGAGGAGGAAGAAGGUAUCGUAAGAUGAAAGAGAGGUUGGGUCUGACAGAAAUCAGGAAACAUGCCAACAGAAUGACAUUUGCAGAGAUCGAGGAUGAUGCUUAUCAGGAGGAUCUGGGCUUCAGUCUCGGUCAGCUGGGAAAAUCUGGCAGUGGCAGGGUCAGGCAAGCUCAGGUCAAUGACUCCACCAAGGCCAGAAUAUCCAAAUCUUUACAGCGGACACUGCAAAAGCAGAGCAUGACGUACGGUGGAAAGUCCACUGUCAGAGACCGAUCAUCUGGAACCAGCUCAAGUGUGGCCUUCACUCCUUUACAGGGGCUCGAGAUUGUGAACCCACAGGCUGCAGAAAAGAAGGUGGCCGAAGCCAAUCAGAAAUAUUUUUCCAACAUGGCUGAGUUCCUCAAGAUUAAGCGUGAAAAGGAGGACAAGGUGUGAGGCUGUACGUUAGACGGAGGAAACCAUACAUCGACAGCCAUGGACGGAUUCACACUUCAACUGCUAAUUUAUACUCUGUCACACACCCACUCAGACGGACUUGUGUGGGGAUGGUGACAUUAUGAGGACAGCAUGAGGACAUGUGACUGAAGAUCCUCUUUUGUGCGGAAAAAGGAGAGCAACAUGUUCUGGUGUACAUUUUGAUUUUUGUUCAUUUAUCUUUUAUGUGUACAAAGGAAUUGUGUUGUAUAUAAAUCACAAAGAACAUGACAAAUGCAAGUUGUUUUAAUCUUUUUUUUUUUUUUUCCCCCACUUCAGACGCUUAAAUCUUAAGUUGAGUAAAGUUGCUCAUCUAGUUGUACCAAUAUUGUCACUAGUCCUUUUUUUAUUUUAGUUUGAAGUCAGCUUAGUUAUUUUUUUGUGUUUUCUGUCAGUGAGGAAAUGCCUCCCAGGAGAAUUUCAUUUAGUUUAGGUUGGUAUGAAUAAAAACAUGUUUGAAUAUGCAAGUGUUUAUACUGUAUAUAGAGACACAUUUUCCCCAUAUACAUAUAGGCGCUUUCACAUUACAUUUUGAUACGUCAUAAAUGAAAUAUCUAAAAAUGUCAUUUUCAAAAUUAAAGGUUGAAUGUCAAAAAGCUCUUAUCAAAUUUUUAUUAAUGCUCCUCAACAGAAGUAAAUGUUUUCUGGGUGUUUCUGGUAUUGAUUUUCACACUUUAUUGUAGGAUAGUUAUAGCAAUAAGAGGGUGUACAACAAUGCGGUUUUAACAAACAAAAUGGUUAUGUAUAAUGAAAGAAAUUCUGCUGUCACAUUUAUCCUAUUAAGCUACCUGUCAGUCCUGUUAUGUAACAUUCCAUGUUUAUGUAAUACAUUUUAAUGAAUUAUGUGACAUUUUCAGUGUUAACUUUUACAUAAUGGUAGGCCAAGGAAAACAAUGCCAUUUGAAAAAUGUCUUGGUUGUGUUUUUGUGAGAAGCGCAUUUGAGAUGAGUCGACUAUAUGUGGUGCUCUGCUCAUUUUUGAAUAUUUAAAAAUAAGAUGAUCUUUUUAAUAAUAUGCUUUAUUACACACCUCUUUUUAACCAAUUGCAGACUAAUCUAUUAUAUUAUUAUGACUGUAGUAUGCUGUUGUUUUCUCACAUAAACCUGAAACUUAAUGCCCAAUUAUGAGCCAUGUAAUAAGUGGAAUAAACCCUAAUCUGGUGAUUAGGACCUGACAUGCAA